CUGUGAGGCGAACAAGAAGUACCCGAAGGAAGACGGGGGCACUAAAAAUUGACACGGGGCGGAAAAUAUUUUGCCGACCAUAAUCCAUUCAAAAAUACGAAGAAAACGGACUCUAAGAACAGUUUUGGUCGAAAUCCUAUGACGAGAACGACAUCGCGCAAGCCUGAACCUUAGCUCGCGCAGUCAGCGGAAAUCGGGGUUUGUUGAACGGAUCGAGAGCGAUGGAGAGGCCUGCGAGUGUGUUUUUCCACGGGAUGAGGAAAAAAUGACCUGCUAACCUGAAAUCGGAAACCGCCUUUGUGCACAUCUACGCUUUCGGCGCCCUUUUCGCAUAAGUUGUUUUCACGCUUUACCUUCCAAGAGGACUUUCUUCGUUCACGAGCAGAGGGAUGUGAUUGAAAAAGGCAUUCCGGCUCUUCCCCUCUCCCUCAUCCCCCUUCGCAGUCAACAAAAUCAUCUCGGAGAGCCAUCGACUCUUCCUGCAAGCGGUGAAGUAAUUGAUUAGGGCUGACGACGACGGAAAGGAGGAAGACGACGACGACGACCGACAGGACAACAACCGACAGAAGGAAAAAAAACUACUUGGUCAUACCACUGUGUUUCUGUGUUUCUGGUCUUCCAGCUUAUGAGUUAAAGAAAGAGGUUGGAUACACCCUGUGGACAAUCUGGCCUUUCCCCUGUUUCAUGCCGAUUCGAAUGAUUGAAAACAAGUUGGUUGACCGUCAAUAAAAAAAGUUGCUUCGCUUUAAAUGAAGACAUUUCUGAGGAAAUCACAAAUUGGGACCAUUUGUUACAGAACUUGUCAAAGAAAUACACGAAUAUCAAGAAACAAAGACAUUCCCUCAUCACUUACAUUUUAAGUGGCUUUCAACACUAAAUAAUUUGCUUUUUAGCGAUAGACGCAUUUGUGAAGCAAAUUUUAUAUGCUAUUAUUAGACACAUUUUUACUGUUUUAACUGUAGAUUUACUUACACAGACCCAUGUUUAUUGCAUGACAUUGUGAACCACAUUUUGAUUUUUUUAUGUCACUUAUUUAUAGAUAAUUAUUUAAUCCAAGACUUCCAGAGUUUUAACACCUAUGGUGGCCCACAACUAUAGCCAAAACUCUGUUUAUCUGGGAUGGACCGUCACAACAUCAGACAAAUUACUCCCACACAGGCAUUUAUUUAAAAAAAUUGGCGCUGCUAACAGAUUACUUUAAAGCUUUACCUUGAUUGUUUGGUAGCAUUGUCCACUUUGCUGCAGUAACAAGGGAGCAGGGAAGAAAUCCUAGAAACACAACAGUGAGAGGGAGAUGUUCCAGUUUGGAAAGUACCCAAUGGACAUUUUAGAAAUGCUCAGUGGACACCAGGCUCACCAGUUCAAAGGACUGGGGCUGGAAAGACAACUGCAGCACCAACAACAGGUCCAACUUCAGCACCAGCAGCAGCUUCAACAGCAGCAGCAACAACAGAGCGAAGCCUCUGGUGGCCUCCUGUCUGGGCUUGGCCUUGGCUCCCUUCAAGGAUCUAGAAGUAAUGCAUUUGCUGAUUCAUCAUCCAUAUUUGCCAAAAUGAGUGCACCCCCUCCACCUCUUCCACAACAAACUCAGUCCUCUUCCUCACAAAGCACACGUAAGUCUAGCAAGAUGAGCAGCAGUGGGAGUGGCAGUUCUGCCUCUGGCUAUCCACAGUUCUUACGCACAUUUCAUCCUGCAGAGGCCGCUCUAGCCCAGGAGCAGCUACACUCAGGAAUGGGGCGGUUUGAUUUUUCAGGGGGCAGUGCUGGAGGAGGCUCUGGAGUAAUUGGAGGAGUUGUAACAUCUGCUCCACCUCCACCACCCUUGCAUCCUGGCCUCUCUGUUCCUCAGCCAUCUCCUGGACCAUCCUCCUCCUCACCCUCCCCUUCCAGUUCAACCACCACUUCUAAUAAUCCCCCGAGCAGUAGCAGUUCAGUGGCUGGAUUAGUUGGAGCUCAGUCUGAUGCAAGAAGUUUACACCAGCAGUUCAGUUGCAUGCUUGCUGCAAACCAAUACCUUUUUUCUGGAGUGCCCACAAAUGCCAGUUUGGAACAGUUUCUAGUCCAGCAGAGUCCCCAUAAUCAUCUUGGUCUUACAGAUUCAAAUACAGGUCUUGCUCCACCACCUGCUCUUCAUCCAUCUCAUACCCAUGGCCAUCCAGGCCCCCAGCCCCAGCAACAGCAGCAGCAACUGCCACCUCAUGCAUUGUCUCACCCUCACAGCCAUGCACAUCCACACCACCCUCUUCACCCUGCCCCCCAACCAUCACCUCUUGGUGGUUUUGAUUUUCAAGGCAUCCCUGUUCUUUCUUCUAAUCAGCUUGCUUCCCUAAUGCAACAAGAAGCAGGUCUGCCUUUGCCACUCCCACUUCAUCUCUCUAUACCAAAGGAUGAGGGGAAAGGAGAUAGCGGAUCUGGGGCUGGAGGAAGUGGAGGUAGUGGCAGCAGGAGAAAGAAAGCCAUGGCUGGCUACCUGCCCCAGAGGAAGACAGAUGGUAGCAGUAACAGCAGUACUAGCAGUGCUAACUGCCAUGGCAGCUCUGGGGCACAUGGUCAUGAUGGGUCCUCUGGUCUUGUGGGAGGAGGUGGAGGGGUUGGUAUGAGGGGUCUUGGUGGUGACCCCUCCUCCAUCCUCUCAUCAUCAACACCAUCCUCCUCUUCUUCAACUGUCUCCUCCUCCUCUUCCUCUGCCCCAUCCUCAAACUCUGCCUCUGUGCUGGUAUCAAAUAUCUCUCAGAACCCCAAACCUGAAAGCCAGCAAUCAAUGACUCCUAAUAUCACACAGUCUGAGCAAGAAGCUCUCUUUCAUUGUGGAGAGUGUGGCAAGUCUUUUUCCCAUCUCCCAAGCCUUCGGCGACACAUACGCUGCCACGAAGAAGAUGGUAGUGGUAGAAGCAGUACAAACCCAAGCCAUCAGCAUUCGUCAGAUCUCCCCCACUCAACACAGGAUGGAAUUUCUCAAAAUGCUCACCACCAGCAUGAGCAGAAUCCAGACCCAAUGUCUUCCACUUGUUCAAGUCCAGAUAAAUCUUACUGUUGUAAUGAAUGUGGAAAGGGGUUCAAGAAAAGAGGACACCUACUCCAGCACGGGAUCAUCCACUCUGGAGCUCGCCCAUAUGCCUGCUCCAUUUGUGAGCGUUCAUUCAACCGCAGAGAGUCUUUAACACGACAUGAAAAAAUUCAUGAAGAGAAGCCCUACCGCUGCCCAGCAUGUGGCCGUUGCUUUAGAGAGAGCACUUCUUUGCUUAACCAUGCUGCCUCUGGUACCUGUGGCAAGCCAGGGAGGAGAUCUAGAAGCAGUGAUGGUAGCUCAAUAAGUUCAGUAGAGGGCAAGGUUGAAACUGAUUUCUCAAGUGGACAAAUGAGUGAUGGAAAAGAACUGGUAUUUUGCAAAAAUGAGGAUGGCACAGCAGGGAUGUCCUGUAACAAUCUGUAUUCACAAGGAAGAAGUGGCACUCAAAAUCCUGUGUGCAAAACUGAAGAGAAGUAUAAUCCUGAGAAAUAUAAUCCUGAUUAUUCAAGAGAUCCAUACCAAACAUCAUACAGGGUCGAUGACUACCGUCGCCAACAGGGUAACCCAUCCUACUCGGGAGACUCCUGUGGCAACAGCUUGUCAAGUCCGGCCCUCAGAAAAGCUCCUUUAGCCCCAACACUUCUUCCACACCCUCAAAAUCAGCAGCACCAUCACCAACAGCAAGCUCAUCUUCCUCUCUCUUCUCUUUUGGAUGAUUCUGAAGAUGAAGUCACCAGUAGUGCCAUGUCUGCCAUUGCUGCAGCUGCUGCUGCCUCUGUCUUGCCUGCUGAAAUGAACAAUAAUGGGGGACGAGAGGAAAGAACGGAUAUCAUUGGGGGUCUGUUAGGAGGGCUUGGCUUUGGGUCUAUGGGUGCCUCUUCAUCUACAUCUGCAGGAAAUGGAGGGAAUGAAGAAUGCCUAAGUGGAUCAAUGAUACCUUUAUCUCACCCCACGCAACAGCAGCCUAAUACACAAAAUGCCAAUCCUAAUGCCAAACCCAAGCGGCCGCGGAAGCCUAGACAAAAAAGAGAGCCCAGACCUGGUGGGGCUCCAGGGGAAGGAGUGAAACGUCGGAGAAAUAAUCAGAGUGGGGCUGGUGGAGAUGGCUCAGAAAAGCCUUAUUUAUGCACUGUUUGUGGACGGGGAUUUAGCAGGCGUGAGACCCUACGUCGUCAUGAACGUGUGCAUACAGGGGAAAAACCAUUUCAUUGUGACAUCUGUGGAAAAGACUUUCGAGAACCUUUUCACCUUACCAAACAUCAGACUGUUCACUCUGGGGAGAAGAACUACAAAUGCACCCUUUGUGGAAAAGAUUUUGGAUAUGCACAGAGUCUGAAACGGCAUGAAAAGCUGCACCUAAGAGGAGAUUUCAAGCCAAGGCGAAGUAAAAGCAAAUCUGCUGCAAAUCAAGGGGCACCCGCUAAUCAAGAUGGCAAUCAAUCAAACCCUGGUGCUUAUUACUCAUAUCCUGAGGAUAAAGUUGAAGAGUCUAAUGCUAGUACAAGCAACCAACCCCCUCCAAAGCUAUACACAUGUGAGAUUUGUUGGAAAUCAUUCCGCCAUCAUUUCCACCUGACUGCCCAUCACCAAGCCAUUCAUGAACAUGGUGGGGAGAAACUUUUCUCAUGUGAAGUCUGCGGUAAGGCUUUUUCAUACUCUAACAGCCUGACCAGGCAUAGAUUAUCUCAACAUGGUUUGGCCCGUGCUGGACCAACAACGCAACCAACAGGAAGUGAGUCGAUUGGAACUGCCCCAUCUGUUUCGGAGAGCGAGGCUGCAGCCAAUGCACUCCUUCAUAUAACCCCUGAAAGUGGAAGCCUUGCAGUACAACAGCCCCACUCAACCAUUGUUCACACGCAGCAUCCUCAGCCUUCUGGUUAUUCCCCACUCUUCUACAAUCCGGAGUCAGGACAUCACAGUUCAAAUGUCUCUUCACACCCCCAACCUCUGCACUACUCAAACCCCUCUAUGGGUCCCCUGCAGCUCCAACAGCCAACAAGCGGAAAAGGGCAGUUAAUUUAUUCAGGGAGUUUAAGUAACACCCUUCAUUCCACUCCACCUCAUAUCCACAUUUCACCACCCCAUCACUCUCAACACCACCAGCAACCACACCCUUUCUCCAUGCAGUCUCAACUUCUACAACAAAGCCUUCAGGCCCCAGGAGAUGCCACCCAGCAGAAGAAAAAAAAAAAGAAACAAUAUAAGUUGGCCAGUGGUACGCAGUUGAUCAGUGGACUCAGUGCUCAUGAAAUUGCCAGGAGGCAUUUAUAUUUAAAAAGGAAGAAAUGCAGGCUUCAGCAGCAACAAAAAAGGAAGAAGUGGCUACCUCCGCUAAAGUGGGCCAAGUUUACUGGAGGAGGGCUUGGUAUAACUGUUGGUGGAGGAACAUGGCAUGUGGGACACUUAAGGUUUAGAGGCCUGAGGUCACUCGUAGUCCCCUUAAAGUCAUACUCUUGUCCCAUCUGUCCAUUCAGCAUGUUUACAAGCCACAUAACUCUUACAGUUCAUCGUGUAACCAGGCAUCCGCCAAGAAAACAUGGCCAUCAGGCUCGCCUGCGCUGCAUAGUAUGUGGAAAGCGUUGUAGGAGGCUACUGUCAGCUCUGCGUCAUCGGGCCUACCACCUCUCUCAAGGGGAUUUCUCUUGCUCUCAAUGUCCCUCACGCUUUUGGAAUGACACCCUCCUGCAGCGCCACAGAUUUGCUUGUCGGUGUGUCAGUAGAGGAAGCAAAAUUUCAAUAAAGGGGACUAAUAUUCAGAAGGCAGAGGACCAGAUUGAAAGAUCAACAGUUGUGACAGGGUACAGGCACUAAAUAAAUUGACAUCUAAAAGAAUAAAAUGCGUAAAUCAGAUGUUUUGGAGGCAAUGUUAAUGUGAAAGAAGGCAAAGAGGACUGUAAUAGAAAAUACCACACAUACAACACCUUAAAUCUGUGGUCUGACUUUAACCAUGGGAGUGCCUCUUAAAAUAACAGACUUAGUUGACAUGGAAAAAAGCCUGUACCUAAAGAACUGUCCAUUAUAGACAUGGAUCUCUAACACGGUUUCUCCAAAGGGGAAGAAUAUUCUAGAAUAUAAAACUGUUUUUUGGUAGCACCUUUGUUGUAAUGGUAGCAUCUCUAUCCUCCAAAAAAAUGCAUUCAUUAUGUAUUUUCGUAACUUAAUUUGUGCUGCAAAAAUGGAUGCAUACCAGUGAAAGUGAACUAAUCUGAACAGUAACAAUCUAUUCUCUAAACUAGUUUCCCCCAGUACUCAGAGUUUAAUGGUAUAGCCUUUGUUUACUUUCAAUUAUACAUAGCUUUUUGUUCCUUGUGGUGUUGUUUUGUUUUCCCCCUUUUGCUGUCUUCAAGAUGCAAAAUGUUUGACCUGAAAUUCAAAGUUACUGGUUGGGAUGCAUAUAAAUUGCAGUGUUUGUAUUCCCUAAAAACAACUUUUAUCAAGACACUCAAUGUUCAAUUUAACUGUGUCUCAAAGAUAAAUUAAUCAGGAGUCUCUGCAGUAAAACUGUCAAAAAUGUGAUAAAUAUUCUGCAGCACCAAUGCAGAGGAGACAGAAUGGUGUUGAUAAUGCCAUGUUUAUGUGUUUAAUGUCACCUGUUUUUUUUUAAGAAAUAUGUAAAAAAAAUCUUUGCAGGUGUUUCUAUGGCAAGUGUUAAUGUCCUCGGUUGCGAGAUUGGCAUGAGGUAGAGGAACAGCCAGUCUGUACUGUACAAUGCGUAUUAUAUUUUUAUUAUGUAACGGUUGUUUUUUUUAUUAUUAUUAUUAUUAUUCAAAGUUUAAGUUUUUUUUAAAUAAUUUUUACCAUUUUAGGGAUGGGUGGGUAUGUUGCAGGGUCUGUCAUUGUAAGAUGUGGGGAAUAUAUGUAUCAGUGUGAUUUUUGUUCCCUGCCCCUAUGAUCUGUUUAACCCAAACCACAGUUUAGCCCAGCUUUCCCAACACUAUUGUAUUCAUUCUCAAUACUUAGCUCUACUGUCCCAAUGCUUUCCUCUCAGUAAACUAAAAUACAAAAUAUAAAUACUAAACAGCUGUUUUCCUUUUCUGAGCCAACAGAAAUGUUGAGUUUCUCAGAAAACAAAUAAAAAAUAUAGAAAAUGUUAAACAGAUUUGUUUGAAUAUUUUUUUAAAGGAUGAAUGUUUUUUUUUCUGAAUGUUUCUGAAGCGGAGCUUCUUGCUGAUGAGCAGAUUGGGUUAAUUAGUUAUUUAUGGCAUAUAGGUUAAAUUAUUUAUAAACUUCAAAUGAGAGGAUGCUGCCAGGUGUUACACACCUGAUGCCAUGGUGCCAUGUUUUGUUGGAUUGGCACAUGCCCACUUCAG